UCUCCGACCUAAGUGUGUGUCGUGUUUGAGAAUCUAGGAAAAAUGUUUGGGAUAUUGAACAGGGGUCACAAGAUAAAGGGGACUGUGGUGUUGAUGACGAAGAAUGUGUUUGACUUCAAUGAAUUUGUGUCGAGUACGAGGGGUGGAAUAGCUGGUGCUGCCGGAGGUCUCUUUGGUGCUGCCACUGACAUUGUUGGAGGAAUAGUUGAUGGUGCCACUGCCAUCUUCAGCCGCAACAUUGCCAUUCAGCUCAUCAGUGCAACCAAAACUGAUGGGCUUGGAAAUGGAAAGGUUGGAAAACAAACCUUUUUGGAGAAGCAUCUUCCUUCGUUACCAAACUUGGGAGAUAGACAAGAUGCAUUCAAUGUUUAUUUUGAAUGGGAUGAGAGUUUUGGAAUUCCAGGAGCAUUUUACAUCAAAAACUUUAUGCAAUCUGAGUUUUUUCUUGUCAGUCUCACUCUUGAAGACAUUCCAAAUCAUGGAACCAUUCGCUUUGUUUGCAACUCAUGGGUUUAUAACGCUAAAUCUUACCAAAAGGAUCGCAUUUUCUUUGUUAACAAGACAUAUCUUCCAAAUGAAACUCCAACUUCACUGGUAAAGUACAGAAAAGAUGAACUGGACAAUCUUAGAGGAGAUGGAAAAGGGGAGCGCAAGGAAUAUGACAGAAUCUAUGACUAUGAUGUUUACAAUGAUUUGGGCAACCCAGACAAUAACAAGAGUCUAGCUCGUCCUGUUCUUGGAGGGUCUAGUGAUUUUCCAUACCCUCGCAGGGGAAGAACUGGUAGAAAAUCAACAAGAACAGACCGUAACAGUGAGGUACCAACCAGUGACACCUACAUUCCAAGAGAUGAAAACUUUGGUCAUUUGAAGUCGUCAGACUUUCUUACAUAUGCAAUAAAGUCCUUAACUCAAAACGUGCUACCUACAUUUCAAAAAGCAUUCGGUUUCAACAAUGAGUUUGAUACAUUUGAAGACGUGCGUGGACUCUUUGAAGGUGGAGUUUACCUCCCUACAGAUGUAAUCAGCAAAAUUAGCCCCAUACCAGUGCUGAAGGAAAUCUUCCGCACUGAUGGUGAGCAAGUUCUCAAGUUUCCACCACCUCAUGUCAUCAGAGUUAGUAAGUCUGCAUGGAUGACUGAUGAAGAAUUUGGAAGAGAGAUGUUGGCUGGUGUAAAUCCUUGCCUAAUUCAAUGCCUUCAAGAGUUCCCUCCAAAAAGCAAGUUAGAUGUUACAAGCUAUGGUGAUCAAACUAGUACAAUAACUAAAGAACACUUGGAGAUCAACCUUGGUGGACUCACUGUGGAACAGGCACUGAAGGGUAACAGAUUGUUCUUAUUAGAUCAUCAUGAUGCAUUCAUACCAUAUUUAGAAAGGAUCAAUGACCUUCCCACUGCAAAGUGUUAUGCCACAAGAACUAUACUUUUCUUGAAAGAUGACAACACAUUGAAGCCACUGGCCAUUGAAUUAAGUUUGCCAAAUCCUGGGGGAAAUGGUGCCAAUAGUAGAGUCAUCUUGCCUGCAGAACAAGGUGCCGAAAGCACAAUUUGGCUACUUGCAAAGGCUUAUGUUGUUGUAAAUGACGCCUGCUACCAUCAACUCAUGAGCCAUUGGUUGAAUACUCAUGCCGUGAUGGAGCCGUUUGUGAUAGCAACAAACAGACAAUUGAGUGUGCUCCACCCUAUUUAUAAACUCUUAUUGCCUCAUUAUCGUGACACUAUGAAUAUCAAUGCCCUUGCACGACAAUCGCUCAUCAACGCAGGUGGCGUUAUUGAGCGAUCGUUUUUGCCUGGCAAAUUUGCUGUAGAGAUGUCUUCAGCAGUUUACAAGAACUGGGUUUUCACUGAUCAAGCCCUUCCAGCAGAUCUUAUCAAGAGAGGAAUGGCAGUUGAGGAUCCAUCCUCUCCCUAUGGCCUCCGGCUUGUGGUUGAGGACUACCCUUAUGCUGUUGAUGGACUAGAAAUAUGGGAUACUAUUCAAACUUGGGUUAAAGACUAUGUCUCCCUGUAUUAUCCCACAAAUGAUGCAGUUAAGAAAGACACUGAACUCCAAGCUUGGUGGAAGGAAGCUGUUGAGAAAGGUCAUGGUGACUUGAAAGAUAAGCCAUGGUGGCCAAAGUUGAACACUCCUCAAGAUUUGAUUCACACUUGCUCCAUUAUUAUAUGGAUUGCUUCAGCUCUUCAUGCAGCUGUGAAUUUUGGACAAUAUCCUUACGGAGGAUUCAUCCUAAACCGGCCUACUAUAACCAGAAGAUUGCUGCCUGAUCCAGGAACCAAAGAAUAUGAUGAGCUGACCAAAAAUUAUCAAAAGGCUUACUUGAGAACAGUUACAGGGAAGGUUGAGGCCCUUGUGGAUCUUUCAGUGAUAGAGAUAUUAUCAAGACAUGCUUCUGAUGAGGUGUACCUUGGACAGAGGGACAAUCCAAAUUGGACUGAUGACAAAAAAGCACUUCAAGCUUUUGAAAAGUUUGGAGAAAAGCUGAAGGUAAUUGAAGAUAAAAUCAUGGAGAGGAACAAAGAUUCAAGUCUUAGAAACCGUAAUGGACCAGUUCAGAUGCCUUACACUUUGCUUGUUCCUAGCUGUGAAGAUGAAGGUCUCACUUUCAGAGGAAUUCCCAACAGUAUCUCUAUCGGUAGAAAGCAGAAAGAAGGCAGAAAGAUGGUGUUUGGAAUCUUAGGAGGAAAUAGUGAUGAGAUAAAGGGGACAGUGGUGUUGAUGAGCAAGAAUGUGUUGGACUUCAAUGAGAUAGUUUCUACUGCUAAUGGUGGAGUUGGUGGUAUUGUUGGUGGCAUCUUUGGAACUGCAACCAAAGUAGUUGGAGGAAUAGCUGAUACUGCCACCUCCAUCUUCAGCCGCAACAUUGCCAUACAGUUGAUCAGUGCCACCAAGACCGAUGGGCUUGGAAAUGGAAAGGUUGGAAAGCUAACUUAUUUGAAUAAUCAUCUUCCUACCUUACCAACCUUGGGAGAUAGACAAAAUGCAUUCAGUGUUAACUUUGAAUGGGAUGAGAGUUUUGGAAUUCCAGGAGCAUUUUACAUAAAAAAUUAUUUGCAAUCUGGUGAGUUUUUUCUAGUGAGUCUCACUCUUGAAGAUAUUCCAAAUCAUGGAACCAUUCACUUUGUUUGCAACUCAUGGGUCUACAACUCAAAAGAGUACAAAAAGGACCGUCUUUUCUUUGUCAACAAGACUUAUGUUCCAAGUGAAACUCCAACUCCACUAGUUAAGUACAGAAAAGAAGAAUUGGAAAACCUAAGAGGGGAUGGAACCGGGCAGCGUAAGGAAUCUGAUAGGAUAUAUGAUUAUGAUGUGUAUAAUGAUUUGGGCAACCCAGACAAGAGUGCAGAUCUUGCUCGUCCUGUUCUUGGAGGUUCCAGUGCCUAUCCAUACCCUCGCAGAGGAAGAACUGGCAGAAAACCAACAAAAAGAGACCCUAAGAGUGAGUCUCCGGCCAGCGACACUUACAUUCCAAGAGAUGAAAACUUUGGUCAUUUGAAGUCAUCAGACUUUCUUACGUAUGGGAUAAAGUCCUUGGCUCAGAAUGUCUUACCUCAAUUUCAAUCUGCAUUUGGUUUGAAUGCGGAGUUUGAUAAGUUUGAUGAUGUUCGUGGACUCUUUGAAGGUGGACUUUCUCUUCCUACAGAUGUGAUCAGCAAAAUUAGCCCCAUACCAGUGAUAAAGGAAAUUUUCCGCACUGAUGGUGAACAAGUCCUCAAGUUUCCACCACCCCAUGUCAUCAGAGUUAGUAAGUCUGCAUGGAUGACUGAUGAUGAAUUUGGAAGAGAGAUGCUUGCUGGUGUUAAUCCUGGCCUAAUUCAACGCCUUCAAGAGUUCCCUCCAAAAAGCAAGCUAGAUGCUUCUGUGUAUGGUGAUCAAACUAGCACAAUCACCAAAGAACAUUUGGAGAACAACCUUGGUGGACUCACCGUGGAUGAGGCUUUGAAUGUUGACCGAUUGUUCAUAUUAGAUCACCAUGAUGCAUUUUUGCCAUAUCUGAGGAAGAUCAAUGACCUACCCACUGCAAAGUCUUAUGCCACAAGGACAAUUCUUUUCUUGAAAGAUGAUGGCACAUUGAAGCCUUUGGCUAUUGAAUUAAGUCUACCACAUCCUAGGGGAGAUGAGUUUGGUGCUGUUAGCAGAGUUAUCCUACCUGCAGACGAAGGCGCUGAAAGCACAAUUUGGCUACUGGCUAAGGCUUAUGUUGUUGUAAAUGACUCUUGCUAUCACCAACUCAUGAGCCACUGGUUAAAUACUCAUGCCACAAUUGAGCCAUUUGUCAUAGCAACAAAUAGGCAUCUCAGUGUGCUCCACCCUAUUCAUAAACUCUUGCUGCCUCACUAUCGUGACACCAUGAAUAUCAAUGCACUUGCACGACAAUCACUCAUCAAUGCAGGUGGUAUUAUUGAGCAAUCAUUUUUGCCCGGGCCAUUCGCUGUGGAGAUGUCUUCAGCAGUUUACAAAAGUUGGGUUUUCACUGAUCAGGCUCUUCCUGCUGAUCUUCUUAAGAGAGGAAUGGCAAUUGAGGAUCCAUCUUCUCCCCAUGGCCUUCGUCUUGUGAUAGAUGACUACCCUUAUGCUGUUGAUGGACUAGAGAUAUGGAGUGCUAUCCAGUCAUGGGUUAAAGACUAUGUUUCAAUUUACUAUGCCACAGAUGAUGCAAUUAAGAAAGACACAGAACUCCAAACAUGGUGGAAGGAAGCUGUUGAGAAGGGUCACGGUGAUUUGAAAGAUAAGCCAUGGUGGCCUAAGUUGAACACUAUUCAAGAUCUGAUUAACAUUUCCAGCAUUAUCAUAUGGAUUGCUUCAGCUCUCCAUGCAGCUGUUAAUUUUGGACAGUACCCUUAUGGAGGGUACAUCCUAAACCGUCCAACUUUAACCAGAAGAUUGCUCCCAGAGCCAGGAACCAAAGAAUAUGAUGAGCUGAGCAGCAAUUAUCAAAAGGCUUAUCUGAGAACAAUUACAGGAAAAUAUGAGGCCCUUGUGGACCUUUCAGUGAUAGAGAUAUUAUCAAGACAUGCUUCUGAUGAGGUGUACCUUGGACAGAGGGACAAUCCAAAUUGGACUGAUGACACAAAGGCUCUUCAAGCUUUCCAAAAGUUUGGAAACAAGCUGAAGGAGAUUGAGAGUAAAAUCUCAGCAAGGAACAACAAUUCAAGUCUUAGAAACCGUGUUGGACCGGUUCAGGUGCCUUACACUGUGCUUCUUCCAACCAGUGAAGAAGGUCUUACUUUCAGAGGAAUUCCCAACAGCAUCUCUAUUUAAGGAGUGUUCGUGUGUGGUUUAAUUUCUGUUUAAUGCCAAAUAAUUAUGCUUCCUUGUCUCUGCAUAAAUGUGUUGUCUAUGCUUAUGUUAUGUGGUUUUCCAUUGAAUAAAAGUGGUAUAAUUUUGUGUUAACUAUUGGGUUCCUAUAUCAUAACUUGUAGAUACC